AAGGAGCGCAGCACGUUCUUGCCCGGCUGGUCUCCUCCCGGGACACUUGCUUUGCUUUGGACGUAGUCUCAUAUCUGGACACUCCACCUGCUCUGCGGUUUGAGCUCCGGGAGAUACUGGUGCACACAGCUGCAGAGGCUAGAGGUUCUUUUGUUAAUUGAUUGUAUUGAGGCUAGAGCUCAAGCAUGGGAAGGAAGCUGGACUUGUCUGGCUUGACUGAUGAUGAAGCUGAGCAUGUCCUUCAGGUGGUCCAACGGGAUUUCAGCCUCCGCAAGAAAGAAGAAGAUCGACUGAGUGAAAUGAAGCAGAAGCUCGAUGAAGAGGGUAACAAGUGCAGUAUACUUUCGAAACAGCAGAGCUUUAAUGAGCGCUGCUGCAUGCGUUGCUGCUCUCCUUUUACUUUUCUCAUCAAUACCAAGCGACAGUGCCAAGAUUGCAAAUACAACAUCUGCAAGAACUGCAGCUCUUAUCAGACGAAGGAGAAAGCUUGGCUCUGCAAUGUAUGCCAGCAGGCUAGACUUUUAAGAGCCCAGUCCCUGGAAUGGUAUUACAAUAAUGUGAAAAGUCGUUUCAAGCGUUUUGGAAGUGCUAAAGUCCUGAAGAAUUUGUACAGAAAACAUCGAUUGGAGACUGGAGCUUGUUCUGACAUACUAGAAGCAGGAAGCUUCUGUGACGGAAACACAGAAAAUGAAGGAAGCAUUUGUGGCAGUGACUCUACCUUCUACAGACAGACAGAAGGACACAGCAUGAUGGACACCCUUGCUGUAGCCUUGCGUGUUGCAGAAGAAGCGAUAGAAGAAGCUAUUUCUAAGGCAGAAAUGAACAGUGACAGCUUGGACAAACAGAAUGAAGCUUGUUACUUGCGAGACCAUAAGGAGGAGCUGAUAGAAGAACUUGCUACCACCAUUGUCCAGAAGAUUAUAAGAAAGCAGAAAAACAAAACUGAGCAAGUGGAGGCUGGUUUUGAAUGGCCCCAGUCCAGGAGCAGCAGCGGCCUGACAUCUGUUACUGUCUCAGAUCAGAGCAUGUUGACGUUCCCAGGGAGUCGCAGGGGAUCGUACACAUUAUGGAGGUCUCAAUCUGCAUUCUCACUCACUAACGAAGAUGCAUCAAGCAGAGACCUAGAAAUUGCAUCUUCAGUGCCUGAGUCUCUCUGGAAGCAACCAAAAGGCCCAAUCAGGAAACAGAAAGAGCACAGAUUAUCUGCAUUGCCGACCUGGAAGAGUGCGGACCAGUUAAAUGAACCAAAUUUUCCUCCUGUUUUACAAAGCACAGAUGGAAACUGGGUGGCUUUGCAAAACAUCAUUUUGCCUCGUCCUCGAAUGCUCGCCAAACCAAAGAGCCAAGUAUUCAAAGCUUUGGAGAAUGAAUCCAGUGUGGUGUCCGCGUAUGAUGAGAUGGGCUCUGAUAGCGAAGAUGACUAUGACUGGAACGUGGCUUUGAACAAGUUAAGACGCAGGCCCAAGCAGCUGUUGAAUUAUGGUGAUUCGCAGUGCAAUACUGAAUGGGCUUAUAGCAACGAACUGUACCUGCCUGUGACCUCCCCUUCAUCUGGGCUAUUGAUCAAUGAGACAGUAUACUCCGAUUCUGAAACAUCAUCAGUCAGUUCUUCAAAAGAGGCAAGGGGAACUAGCCGUCUUCCUUGGCUGCAAAGGAGAACUUGUAACAAUAAGCCUAGAGAGGAAAAAGCACAAUUACAUGGGGACCUAGAUGUGAACUUUAACCCACAGGCUACCAGUUUGGACUAUUCAGAUAGCAGUGAAAGUGAGGAAGUAUAUCACGACUUGGAAAAGAGGUCAAAGAGGUGGAAAAAAGGCAAGAGUCUUGCAGAAGAUUUAUGCAAAGUCAAAAAUCGCACAAAAACUCACAAGAAGAAUUUGAGCACAAGUCAGGCAUCUGAAGAUUUAUCAGAAACUGACAUAAGCAGUGAAGACCAACACUAUCAAAGCAAGGCCGAUGCUAUGGAAGAAAAGCUGAAGUCGAGAUUAUAUGAACUGGCUGCAAAAAUGAGUGAUAAUAGGGAAUCCUCUUCAGAGGAGCAGUUGUCAGAGCCAAGAACAGAAUCUGAGAGCCAGAAAUCAUGCUUAUCUUCAGAAGACAAUGGCAAAUGCAUUCAGGAGGAGUUAAAGAAGAAAUACUCUGCUGUGUCUCUCUGCAACAUAUCUACCGAGGUCCUAAAAGUCAUCAAUGCGACCGAGGAGCUCAUAGCAGAAUCCACAGAACCUUGUGACUUCCCAGCAGAUACACGUGACAGAGGGAAAGGGGAAUUCCCCUUAGGUACAGACCCUAUCAGACUUGAUGAGCAACUCACAACACUGGAAGAAAAUGUCUACCUGACAGCUGGCAGCGUUUAUGGCUUGGAGAGCCAGUUGAACGAACUUGAGGAUGCAGCACGCAGAAUUAACAGCAUUACUGCAGAAUCUGAGCUCGCCGACCUGGAGGACCAAGUGGCAACAGCCGCAGCACAAGUUCACCAUGCAGAACUUCAGAUUUCAGAUAUUGAGAGCAGAAUUUCAGCACUUACAGUAGCAGGCUUGAAUGUAGCGCCAUGUGUUCACCUGACAAGAAAACGUGACCAACAGCAAACAAACCAGAUGCACACGAUAGACACAUCCAGACAGCAGAGAAGAAAGCUUCCAGCUCCACCAGUGAAAGGUGAAAACAUGGAUGCUUCUCCAGUUACCCCUGUUAGAACAUUUAACAGGAAUUUCAUACUCCAAGGAUCUCUGACACAACGAACUAAAAAAGAGAGAAAAAGCACUGCCAAGGAUUUGAUGGAACCAACUAUAGGGUCUGCUGUAAUGUACUAGAAUUACAAGAUUCUACUGCCAAUAACACACUGCCUAAGGCUGCACACUAGAGUGCCUUUAUAUAACAGCCAUUGUAUACAUCCAAUAAAAAGGACCCUCAAGAACCCACAAUGCCUCAGUAAUAGGGCUUUGUUUGGAUACCUCACUGAGAAAGCUGUUCAAGUCUUCAGCAUUGUGGUCUGCUGUUGGAAACUCUGCCUUAAAGUUCUCAUGAGACUCCAGGAAGGACGUUGAGUUUCAUAUAAGCAAGGCUCCAUGAUUUAUGAUGCACUUUUCCCCACAUUGUCAAUUGUACUAAAAUAUGUUGUGUCUUUAAAAUCCAGUACGUUUUUGUAUUCUUAAGUCAUCCAUUAAUGUCAGUCAAUAUCUCAUGUUAUAGUCAAGAAAAACUCAUAUCAUCCCUCUUGUGAUUCAUAUUUCCUGGGCCCUUACUGUUCACACAGUCAUAGUCACAUAUGGCAUUGUCAGAGCAAUAAGUAUUCCAGGAAUAACUGGUAAUUUACUGAAACAAGUUGUGGAGAGGGAUGGUCUGGGAGGAGGUUGAAUGCCUCUAACCUGGGAUGGAAAGCAGUUUUCCAUUUGUGAUUUCUGCUUGCAUUCCAUCAUGACAUACUUUUUUAGGUACUGUAAGAGUGUUCUAAGAAUAUAUAUCUAAGAGGAUGUGUUUUCUGGUUAAGUAGACUUUCAGCUACAUGAAUCUGAAACCCCUUCCAUCUUCAAGAAAUGGCAAAGCCCGUUAGAAACCCAAAUAUAUUCCCAGCUGAAAUCAGUCCUAGCCUUUCCAUUGCUAGAACUGGCCUGGGACACUACCACUUGAAAGCCUACUGCAGAAGGCAACAUCCAAACUAAUACAUUUACUCCAUUUCCAAAUCCAUGGGUAACAAAUACUUAAGUUAGAAAAGAGAGCUAGGUAAAGUAUAGGUGACCACCAUGUUCACUUUACUGCU